AUGACGCAGGCGUCAACGCAGUUGCCGUCGUCGUUUAUGAUGUCGACCUCGACGCGCACGGCCCAGACCUUGACACCGGCGAGGAUGCAAAGGGCCUCGGUAUCGAUGGCCCUCGCCUCGCGGACAAACUUGUCGAUGCAGUUACGGAUCUCCGUGACGACGGGGGUGUGGCCCGAGCGGGCGAGCGACUCGCGGGCGGCGGCCUCGGAGGAUGUCGGGGACAGGUCUGCAACGACGGUGAGGACGCCCUCGUUGGGUCGUUCGGAGGAGGGGGCGGUGGCGUCGACCGAGGUGGAGGCGAUGACGAGCGUGUUGUCGAAGGCGACUUCCGCAAAGCCCCAGGACGGGCCCAACGUGACGGAGACGUGGCGCGGAUCAGUCAAAGAGCGGCCAUCUAGACGACGGCCCGCGGAGACGCAUUCGGAGGCGAACAGUCGCUCAGAGGUGGAGAUGGAUUUGUCGUGCAUGUUGAGGAGUGAAGUGCGGGGGCGGGGGAGGAAGGGAUGGCUGGCGAGGAGGUUUAUGCAUGGAAUGCAGUGUAAAGUUUACGGUAUAUUAUCGCUUGUCUUUGGUCGGCGGAUCAAGAGGCUAGGUCCAGCAAUGAAACGGUGA